AUGGAAGAGGAAUACCUCGAUGUCACUGCUCGACUUGAGACCUCUGAUGGAGUCCGGUUCAGAGCAUACCUUCUUGCGUCACGAAACGGGCGAAUCGCAGUAGGAACCGUCCUCCAUACGUUGGAUGAGCGAGCUAAUCCCGUGCUUGCUCUACUUGAACACUCUUGUAUGCCGCAGAUGAAGCCGAACUCAGUAGGUUGGUUGGCGGCUCGUGUCCUUUUAUCCGGAGAUAUACAGGUAACCGUGGCAGGAUCGCAAAUAGAACUUAAUGCUGAUCAGGUCAAUGCAAUCAAUAUGUAUAAUAAAGAGUAUCCUAUCCAAAUUGUGGAUAGCGCAUAUGGUGCAGGUAAGUCGGUAUGUGCGGCGAUUAUGGCCGAGGAGUCUGCCAAAAAGCGGCAAAUCAUUCUCGUAACCGCUGUUCAAAAUAGCGCACUAGAUGUAAUUGGUGCGAAAAUCGCUGAACUACAGUCGGAACACAUCCGCGCUGUGGGUUAUGUGAGCGAAAUCCUUGCACAGGGUACGCUGGAACAAUCGCCGUUUGCUCUCCGUACUCAUGGAGAUCUUCCACAAAUCUUUUCGACGGCAUCACUCACUUGCGUCCGCGGAAUCUCUCGUCACGAUCUACUGCACGCGGUUUCACAAUGCCACCCUAGGAUUCCAGUGGCACUCAUCAAUAUCCUAUCAUAUUCUGUACAAUCGGUCACUGGUUCAAAUAGCAAUAUCGCAGAGGCCACUACAGCUCAUGUACUUGUGUGCUUUCUUCUAGCUAAAGGUUUUGCGGCAGCGCAAUCUGUUGAUCGCCUGUACCGUGAUGAAAAUGCUGCUGAUCGAGACACCAUAAGCAGCUUAGAAUCACCUCAGACAGAUUACCAUGAUUUGCGCUGGCGCAAAACCUUUAGCUAG